CGUAAACAGUGUGUUUUACUCAUUUCUCAUUAUUCACUUCAUGAAAGUCCUUUUCUAUGUUGCAAUAAUGUGUAGCAGUAUAGCUUCAGAUACGACACGGAUUCGUUUGCGAAGACAAUGUAAAUAUACACACUUGUCCACACUGGGAUCUUCCUGGGGAAGAAGGUAAUUUCCCCAAAAUUUCCACAUCUCGUAGUCCCUCCCCCUUCCUGCAGAGUAUGUUGGUAUAUCAAGUCACAUGCACUCGUGUUAUAAAUGCACUUUGCAAACAUUCACCUUCAUCAAACCAGGUGAACUGCGCUUGUUCUUCAAACUUCUUCGCCCAGAUGACAACUACAUGAUGGCAAGGAGGACGACUGAUGAUAAAUCAAGGGAUUCGAGAACCUGUGGUUUCCUUUGCCUCGGUCCAAUGAUGUUCCAUCACCGAGCCGUAGGAGACAGGAUCCACCUGAGUCACGGGUGUCGGCAUGCAAAGAGGGCAAAAGGAACCUUCAGAGAUGGCCUGGUGUUCAGCAAUCGCCCCGUGAGGGUCAAUGAGCGGAUUCGGUUGCGGAUCGAGAAAGUCUAUGGCAGAUGGCACGGAGCCUUGCGAGUGGGUUUCACCAACGUUAAUCCAGAUUCCCGUAAUCUACCGCUGCCCAAAAUGGCCAUCCCCGACCUCACUCGCACCCCCGGGCACUGGGCUGCUAUCUUGGAUGAGACGUUCUGCAAGGCAGGGACAGAGCUGGAAUUCUGGCGGUCGUCCAAAGGCAGCUUGUAUGUUACAAACAACAUCCUCGAUGAGCACAGGCUACUGCCCAAAGAAAUCAACGUCAGAGGGCCUCUGUGGGCCAUGAUUGACCUUUAUGGACAGACAUGCUCCAUUGUCCUCUUGGGUUCUGUGAUACGCGGAUUUUUCAACAGGAAGUCAUGUACGAUGUCGGGAGUGCCGCUCUCACCUGCUUCAGAGCCAGGCUCCUUGGUGACUGAUGAUUCCUCCCAUCUCAACUGGCCGGUGACAACAGAUGCAGAAGAACAGAUGAUCUGUGUGGUGUGCCUGGACAGACAAGCCCAAAAUCCUCUGCCUUGUGGCCACUGUUGCUUAUGUUUGAAGUGCUCUUUCAAAACCUUUAAUUCUUUUGGUACAUGCCCCCUGUGCCGGCAGAGCAUGGGGACGCCAAUGAUAAAUUGGGUGGCUGCCCCUUAGAGACAGUCUCUUAACACGCCUUCUUGUUCUGUAAAUUCUGUGAUUUGAUGUUGCAUUUCUUAAACAUGAACAAAAUACAUUGAUUUUGAUCAAUAAUACAAUACCUGCAGGGUUA